UCCUCGAAAGCCCGGCGGCGGGGCGCUGGGGGACCUUGGAGCCUCCCCGCCCGGCCCAUCGCGGCCAGCAGCGUUGCCGGGAGAGGCAGGAGGAGCGGGAGGAACCGGGAAGAUGCUGCGGCAGCAGCAGCAGCGGCAGCGGCAGCAGCAGCAGCGGACGAAGCGGACCGCCAUCCCCGUCCCCGCCCUGCGCUGUGCGGUCCGGCCUGGCCUCCCGCUGCUCCUGCCAGCACCUCCUCGGCCCCUCAGCCUCCUCCCGGGAAGCCGGUUCCCCACGCCCCCGCCGCCGCCGCCGGCCGGCGUUUCCUCCCGGCUCUGCCUCUCCGUCAGCAGGCUCAGUCUCUCCCUCUUCCACUGUCCUUCCUUUCCCUUCCCGGUGCCCUCUUCUCUUCUCACACCCUGGAGCCCCCCGGACAGGGGCUGAGGGCCGGGCAGUGGAGUGACCACAGCCCUCCAGGAGCCUGCUGCCCAGCCUCCCCAAGAGGGAAGUGGAAUUGGCCGGGCCCCUGGGCGCGCCAUGCGCAGCACCACACUACUGGCACUGCUGGCGCUGGUCCUGCUCUAUUUGGUGUCCGGUGCCCUGGUGUUCCAGGCCCUGGAGCAGCCUCACGAGCAGCAGGCCCAGAGGGAGCUGGGGGAGGUCCGAGAGAAGUUCCUGAGGGCCCAUCCAUGUGUGAGCGACCAGGACCUAGGGCUCUUCAUCCAGGAAGUGGCCGAUGCCCUGGGAGGGGGUGCGAACCCUGAAAUCAACUCAACCAGUCACAGCAACUACUCAGCCUGGGACCUGGGCAGUGCCUUCUUUUUUUCAGGCACCAUCAUCACCACCAUCGGCUACGGCAAUGCGGCCCUGCGAACAGAUGCUGGGCGCCUCUUCUGCAUCUUUUAUGCACUGGUGGGGAUCCCGCUGUUCGGGAUGCUGCUGGCAGGGGUCGGGGACCGGCUGGGCUCCUCCCUGCGCCGCGGCAUCGGUCACAUAGAAGCCAUCUUCCUGAAGUGGCACGUGCCCAAGGAGCUGGUGCGAAUUCUGUCAGCGGUGCUCUUCCUGCUGAUUGGCUGCCUGCUCUUUGUCCUCACCCCCACGUUCGUGUUCUGCUACGUGGAGGGCUGGAGCAAGCUGGAGGCCAUCUACUUCGUCGUCGUGACGCUCACCACGGUGGGGUUCGGGGAUUAUGUGGCCGGCGCCAGCACCAGCCAGAACUCUGCAGUCUAUCAGCCGCUGGUGUGGUUCUGGAUUCUGUUCGGCCUGGCCUACUUCGCUUCGGUGCUCACCACCAUAGGGAACUGGCUGCGAGCAGUGUCCCGCCGCACGCGGGCAGAGAUGGGCGGCUUCACGGCGCAGGCGGCCAGCUGGACCGGCACAGUGACGGCGCGGGUGACCCAGCGAGGAGGCCCCGCCGCACCGCUGCCACCGGAGAAAGAGAAGCCGCUCUUGCCUCCACCGCCGUGCACAGCGCAGCCGGCCGGCAGGCCCCCAUCCCCUGCGCCCCCCGAGAAGGCCGAGCCGCCCUCCCCGCCCACGGCCUCCGCGCUGGAUUACCCCAGCGAGAAUCUGGCCUUCAUCGACGAGUCCUCGGACACGCAGAGCGAGCGCGGCUGCGCUCUGCCUCUCCCGCCACGGGGUCGCCGCCGCCCCCACAACCCCGCCAGGAAGCCCCCGCGACCCCGGGGCCCCGGAAGCCCGCGGGACAAAAACGUGCCCGUGUAGGGGCAGGACCCACGG